AUGGCUGAGGAGUUCAGGAUAGAGCUGAACCCGUCGCAGCACUGCGCCGUUGGGAGGGGAGCCACCAGAGAUCGAGAGCCCCCUGACCUGCUCUUCUUCCUCCCCUGUUCCAAUCCAACCACUUCUGCAGUUCUGCCCACCCCACCUUCCCGUCAUGGCGUCCUCCUCCUCCGACGAGUCCUACUCCGAGAUCGUGGCGCAGCUCUCCGCCGACCACCCCGAGUACCUGCUGGACAAGCAGUUCGAGCUGCCGGAGUGGCUCUACUCCCGCAAGGUGAACCGGGUGGUGUGGGGCACGACACCAGCAGCGUGCCUGACCCCAAGUUCCCCGACCUCACGGAGAAGGGCUUCUGGGCCAAGGCCUCCUCCUCCGCUGCCCUCAAGCAAGCCUGCGACGACCGCAACGACAACCCCGCGCUCCCGGAACGGCUCGCCGACUACCCGCUCACCCUCUUCAUCCUGCCCACCACGUCCCCGCGUGAGGUCUUCGACAUCACCGCCCUUUUGCCCAGUGAGCUGCGAACCCCGGCCAUCCGCAUCCACAACCGCGUCGAGCAGACCACCAAGCUUUUCGCGCGCAACGUGGUCCAGGAGCUGCUGCUUGACAUCGGAAAAGCCGGGGAUAAUGUGGCCGUCGACACCUUGCGUCUCAACACGGCCAUCGAGUCCGAGAUCAAGCACCGGGAGGAGAUGGAGCUUCAGUACUACCAGGCCGACGCAGCUUACAAGGCAUCGCCGACGCCGGAGACCAACCUGGAGGCGCUUGCGGCCGUGAGCCGCCUCGACGUCGCCCGCCAAGUCGUCGAGGCACUGUUGCCAGCUCGGGCGUGCGUCACCGUCCUCGGCGAGUCGCUCCGCGACAAGGCCGCCGCCCUCGAGCAGGCUAUGGAGAGCUCCACCUUCAUGGGCUGCCCCGUGGAAGAACACCCUGGAAAGUGGUGGAUUGAUGGCAAAGGAGUGAUGGAGACGGCGCCGGUGACUGGACAUGGAGCUGGCGGCGACGGGGGGUUGUCCAGGCGGAGGUGGCUGAACAUGGACCUGGCGGCGAUGGGGGCGUCGCGGCGGCGGUGGCUGACGAUCACAUGGACAUGGAGUAGCGCAAGCAAGAAAGAAGCUUUCACUGACAGCGUUAAGAUUCUCAUCGGAAGAACUGCCUCAUCUACCCUUUUAUUUGCGUUGUUUACGAUUUGAUGUUUUCAAUCGUGGUUGUGGAUGCAAUGCAUUGUGCUCCACAUUUCCACAACAUCUCUGCUGAAUCGG